AUAGGAAAUAUCCACAGCUUCAUUUUGAAUGGAGGCCCAGUAUGGCAAGUUCAAAAAUGGGCAAAGGAAUAUGGUGAUGCGUUCAAAAUAAGCAUUCUUGGUGAAGAAAUUGUCAUACUGAGUGAUUAUGAUAGUAUUUACGAGGCAUUGGUGGUGAGAUCAAAUGAUUUUGCUGGAAGGCCUUUUGAUAAAUCAUAUGCAUUCAAUAAGUGGUUUUGUCAUAGCGUAUCUGCACAGGAUUUUACACAAAGGUUUAAAACAUACAAGAAAAUAGGAUUACGUGGACUCAAACAGCAUGGGGAUGGAAUCAGUAGAAUUGUGAACAUAUCCAAUGAUAACAUUAGCCAGACAGUAAAGGAGUUUAAAGAAGAACAUGGUGAACCUUUCCAACCUCAUGACAAACUUCAAAACCUUCUUUGUCGGAUUAUAAUAUGUAUGCUGCUAGGUGAAAAUACACCUUAUGAAGAAAAUGAUGGCAAAUUUGCAAGAAAUGGUUAA